CAUCGAGCCUCCAAGGAUGAUGGCAAAGGUCAAGAUGAGCCGGCCAUCCUGGAGACGGAGGACAUGAGGAUGCCAGACCCGGACACCAUCUCACUCGCAUCAGUCACUGCUGUCACAACCAAUGUCUCCAAUAAGAGAUCAAAGCCUGACAUCAAGAUUGAGCCUAGUGCUGGAAGACCAGUGGAUUUCCAAGUCAGUGUCACUGUUAUAGAGGCCAGACAGCUGGUGGGUCUGAACAUGGAUCCAGUGGUGUGUGUAGAAAUCGGUGAUGACAAAAAAUACACCUCAAUGAAGGAGUCGACCAACUGCCCUUACUACAAUGAGUACUUUGUUUUUGACUUCCACGUUCCUCCUGAUGUCAUGUUUGACAAGAUCCUGAAAGUGUCUGUUAUCCACUCUAAGAAUCUUUUGCGAAGUGGCACGCUGGUCGGGAGCUUCAAGCUUGACGUGGGCACAGUUUAUACACAACCUGAACAUCAGUUCUUCCACAAAUGGGCCACUUUAUGUGACCCCGAUGAUAUCACUGCUGGAUGCAAAGGCUAUGUCAAGUGUGACAUCGCAGUUGUGGCAAAGGGCGACACUAUCAAAACUCCACACAAAACAAAUGAAACAGACGAGGAUGACAUUGAGGGUAAUCUUCUGUUGCCGGAAGACGUCCCGGCUGAGCGUCAAUGGGCAAGAUACUAUGUGAAAAUCUACCGAGCCGAGGGGUUGCCCAAAAUGAACACCAGCAUAAUGGCAAAUGUCAAAAAAGCUUUCAUUGGAGAAAAUAAGGACUUAGUUGAUCCGUAUGUCCAAGUGCAAUUUGCAGGGCAGAAGGGUAAAACUUCAAUUCAGAAGAGCAGCUAUGAGCCGAUUUGGAAUGAGCAGAUCGUUUUCACUGAGCAGUUUCCACCACUGUGCCGGAGAAUGAAAGUCCAGAUCCGUGAUUCGGAUAAAGUGAACGAUGUGGCCAUCGGAACGCACUUCAUUGACCUGCGGAAGAUUGCUAAUGAUGGAGACAAAGGCUUUCUUCCAACUCUUGGGCCGGCUUGGUCCAACAUGUACGGCUCCACACGCAGCUACACACUCAUGGACGAGUACCAGGACCUGAAUGAAGGAGUAGGGGAAGGGGUGUCUUUCAGGGCCCGGCUGCUGAUCAGUCUGGCCGUGGAGAUACUGGACACCUCCUCUCCUGAAGUAAUGAGCUCCACUGAGGUGCAAGUGGAGGGGAUACCCAACAUCUCAGAUAAUGCCACGGGAAAAAUUGAAGAGUUCUUUCUCUUUGGAUGUUUCCUUGAAGCCACUAUGAUUGACAGGAAGAUUGGAGACAAACCCAUCAACUUUGAGGUUACAAUAGGAAACUACGGCAGUGAAGUCGAUACCCCAACCAAGCCAAAAACAAAGAAGAAGAAGGGUGGCGAUGGAGAUGAGGAGUCUGAGCUCAUUUACGGCUCCAGUGACGAGGAGGUGGAUGAUGGUGGAGAUAUGACAUCAGUUUCCACCUCUCCUCCAAUGAAGCCAGUCAUCACUGACAGAAACUAUUUCCACCUCCCGUACUUUGAGAGGAAGCCCUGCAUCUAUAUCAAGAGCUGGUGGCAGGACCAAAGAAGACGACUUUAUAAUGCUAACAUCAUGGACAGAAUUGCAGAUAAAUUGGAAGAAGGGUUGAAUGAUGUGCAGGAGAUCAUUAAAACAGAGAAAGCCUAUCCUGAGCGCAGACUAAGAGGAGUCCUGGAGGAACUCAGCAGUGGCUGCAGUACCUUUGUAACUUUGGCAAACAAUGAUCAGAAUCAGGCUGGGAAGACUAAACUGGACCGGGAGAGACUGAAAUUAUGCAUGCAGGAAUUGGAAAACAUGGGCCAGCAAGCAAAGAAUAUGCGAUCCCAAGUAAAGAAAAGCAAUGUGAAAGACAAAAUAAAACUUGCACAAAACUUCCUCCACAAGCUGAGAUUCUUGUCUGAUGAGCCUCAGCAUAGUGUUCCAGAUAUUUACAUAUGGAUGAUAAGCAACAACAAACGUAUUGCAUAUGCCCGUGUUCCCUCCAAAGACAUCCUCUUCUCUUCUGUGGACGAAGAAACCGGAAAGGACUGUGGGAAAGUCCAGACCAUCUUUUUCAAGCUCCCUGGUAAGAAAAGCUUUGGACCUGCAGGCUGGACCGUUCAGGCUAAAACUGAGCUGUAUCUGUGGCUCGGCUUGAACAGGCAGCGUAAGGACUACUUGAGCGGCCUGCCAAAUGGGUUUGAGGAGAACAAGGCAGUAAAAGGGCCUGGCAUGUCUUCACCCCCUAUAAGCCUGAUGUACACAAUGAAGCAGAUCUUCCAGCUGAGGGUUCACAUGUAUCAGGCUCGCAGUCUGUUUGCGGCUGACAGCACAGGCCUGUCAGACCCUUUUGCCAGGGUAUUUUUUUCCACCCACAGCCAGGUCACAGAGAUCCUGAAUGAGACGUUGUGUCCUACAUGGGAUCAGCUGCUGGUGUUUGAUAAUGUGGAGCUCUAUGGUGAGGCUGGUGAACUGAGAGAUGAUCCUCCUAUAAUCGUCAUCGAGAUCUAUGAUCAGGACACUGUCGGAAAAGCCGAUUUCAUGGGUAGGACAUUCGCAAAACCUAUAACCAAGAUGUCAGACGAGCAUUAUGGGCCGCCACGCUUCCCUCCUCAACUAGAGUACUACCAGAUCUACCGGGGAAACGGCACUGCAGGAGAAAUGCUGGCGGCCUUUGAGCUGCUGCAGAUUGGACCAGCUGGAAAGGCCGACCUGCCCCCAAUAGAUGGACCUUCCGAUAUCGAUCGUGGUCCGAUCCUGCCGGUUCCUAUUGGCAUAAGACCUGUCUUGAGUAAAUACCGAAUUGAGGUUCUUUUCUGGGGCCUGAGGGACCUGAAGCGAGUGAAUCUGGCUCAAGUUGACCGCCCCCGUGUGGACAUCGAGUGUGCAGGGAAAGGUGUUCAGUCAGCGCUGAUUCAGAACUACAAGAAAAACCCCAACUUCAGCACUCUGAUGAAGUGGUUUGAAGUGGACCUGCCAGAGAACGAGCUCCUCCAUCCUCCUCUGAACAUCCGCGUGGUGGACUGCCGGGCGUUUGGUCGUUACACACUAGUUGGCUCUAAUGCCGUCACAACUCUACGCAAGUUCAUUUACAGGCCAUCGGACAAGAGUGUCAAUAACUGGUCUGCCAUGGGUCGUUUGCUCCAGAUGUAUAAACACAGAUGCUAAAUGCUGCUGCACGACUAACAUAGUUUUUUCUCUACAGAGGAGGUUGUGAUCCACACAGAGCCAGAACCAGCUGUGAAGAAGACCGAGACAGUGGUCAAACUCGACUCAGCGUCUGAUGCUGUGGUUAAGGUCGAUAUGCCAGAUGAUGAGAAAGGUGAGAAAGGGAAAAAGAAGCGGAAGAAGGGUGAAGAGGUGGAAGAGGAGGAGCUGGACGAAAGCAUGCUGGACUGGUGGUCCAAAUACUUUGCCUCGAUUGAAACGCUGAAAGAGAUCAUUAAAGCGCAAGAGGCAGACGCUGAAGAAAAGGAAGACUUUGACUCUGGAGAGGGAUUACCAAAUAUGCUCCUAAAUGCCUCUGAUAUGAAAGGGACCAAGAAAAGGAGAGGAAAAGGAAACAAGAACAAAGCCAUGCCUGGGCAAGGAGUACCAGAGAAGAAGAAGCACAAAAUGGAAGAGCUGAAGAUGUACAGCAGAGAGCUUGAAUAUGAGUUUAACACCUUUGAAGAUUGGCUUCACACUUUUAACCUUUAUCGAGGCAAGUGUUCAGAUGAUGCUGACGUCGAGCAGAAUGCAGCUGAUGAAGACAGACUUAUUGGCAAAUUCAAGGGAUCCCUGUGCAUCUACAAAGUCCCAGCAUCGGAUGACGUGUCCAGAGAAAUGGGCUUAGAUUCUAACAUGGGCAUGUUCCAGAACAUCCCACACAACGACCCCAUUAACGUCCUCGUCCGAGUCUAUGUGGUCCGGGCAACAGAACUGCAUCCUGCGGACAUCAAUGGGAAGGCCGACCCAUAUAUCGCCAUCAAGCUCGGGAAGACAGAGAUCAAGGACAAAGAGAACUACAUCUCUAAACAACUCAACCCUUUGUUUGGAAAGUCUUUUGAUAUUGAAGCGACGCUCCCAAUGGAUUCCACCCUCACCGUGUCCAUCUACGACUGGGAUUUGGUGGGAACCGAUGACCUGAUUGGGGAGACAAAGAUUGACUUGGAGAACCGUUUCUACAGCAAGCACAGGCCAACCUGUGGUCUCAGCACCAGCUACGCAAUUCAUGGCUAUAAUGUGUGGAGGGACCCAAUGAAGCCAACGCAGAUCCUUGCCAAACUCUGCAAAGAUGGAAAAAUGGAUCCGCCCCAGUACGGCCCCGGGGGACGAGUGAAAGUGGUGAACAGAGUUUACACGGGACCAACUGAAAUUGAGGAUGAAAAUGGACUGAAGAAACAGACGGAUGAGCACCUGGCUCUUGCUGUGCUAAACCGCUGGGAAGAUAUGCCAAGGAUCGGCUGCAAACUCGUCCCAGAGCACGUGGAGACGAGGCCUCUCCUGAAUCCGGAUAAACCUGGGAUGGAGCAGGGAAGGAUUGAGUUGUGGGUGGACAUGUUCCCGAAGGACAUGCCUGCGCCUGGACCCGCUCUCGAUAUUUCACCAAGGAAGCCAAAGAAGUUCGAGCUCAGGGUGAUCGUGUGGAACACGGACGAAGUCGUUCUGGAGGACGAUGACAUUUUCACAGGGGAAAAAUCCAGUGACAUAUUUGUUAGAGGAUGGCUAAAAGGCCAACAAGAAGACAAGCAGGACACAGACGUCCACUAUCACUCUCUGACCGGAGAGGGCAAUUUCAACUGGCGCUUCGUUUACCCCUUCGACUACCUACAGGCCGAAGAGAAAAUCGUCAUCUCAAAGAAAGAGUCCAUGUUUUCUUGGGACGAGACUGAGUAUAAAAUUCCUGCCCGACUGAAUUUGCAAGUGUGGGAUGCGGAUCACUUCUCUGCAGACGACUUCUUGGGUGCAAUUGAACUAGACCUGAAUCGAUUUCCUCGUGGUGCAAAGACAGCGAAGCAGUGCUCCAUUGACAUGGUGCUUAACGAGCAAGACAUGCCCAUGGUCAACAUCUUCAAACAGAAGAGAAUUAAAGGCUGGUGGCCAUUUGUGGCCCGAGAUGAAAAUGAUGAGUUGGAAAUUACAGGGAAAGUAGAAGCAGAGCUUCACCUGCUGACAGGUGAGGAGGCCGAGAAGAGUCCUGUUGGUGAAGGACGCAAUAGAUCCCAUAUUCCUUUCCGUCCUGACACAACCUUCCUGUGGUUCAUCAGUCCGCUCAAAGCAAUCCGCUAUCUAAUCUGCAACAACUACAAGUGGCUAAUCAUCAAAAUUGUGGUGGUUCUGUUGUUAUUAGUGAUGCUGGGCUUGUUUCUGUACAGUAUGCCAGGCUACAUGGUGAAAAAGCUUCUAGGGGCUUGA